UGUAACCGCAACCUAUACAUCGGAUCGUACAGGAUCGUACAGGCUGGCUCGCACAGGCUGGCUCGCACGACGGCCCCUUCCGAUGGCUGUCGUGCCGUUACAUCGUCGUGUGUGUGUUUGUGUGGGUGUGGGUGUCGGCGGUAUGUUUCCGCCUGGGCUGAGGGGGGCUGAAGGGGAGUAUAAAGGCAUCGCCGAAUCACCACAAAGAUGAUCCGUUCCAAAGCCAUCCGCAGCAGCAAUCUCCAGCUCUCCUCGUCUCGGUCUCUCCAUACCCCUCACUCCUCAGAAUGAAGGUCUUCACUGCUCUUGCCAUCUUCGCCGGUCUCAUCGCCGGCUCCUCCGCCGCCGCGAUCGAGAAGCGUGCUCCUCCCAACAUUCCGACCGCCGCCAGCGCAAAGACCAUGCUCGCAGCGCUUCCCACGAGAACCACUGAUGCUACUGGCUACCAGCGCUCGCUGUUCCCCCACUGGAUCACCAUCUCCGGCAAUUGCAACACCCGCGAGACGGUGCUGAACCGCGACGGCACCGGCCUGACAAUCGGCAGCGACUGCUACCCCUCAUCCGGCAGCUGGUUCUCGCCCUACGACGGUGCCACCUGGACCGCCGCCUCGGACCUCGACAUCGACCACGUGGUCCCGCUCUCCAACGCGUGGAAAUCCGGUGCCAACACCUGGACCACCGCCCGCCGCCAAACCUUUGCCAACGACCUGACCAACCCGCAGCUGAUCGCGGUCACCGACGACGUCAACUCGGCCAAGGGCGAUAAGUCCCCCGAUGCAUGGGUGCCGCCGCUGUCGAGCUACCACUGCACGUAUGCGCGCAUGUGGGUCAAGGUCAAGUCCGUCUACUCGCUCUCCGUCACCGCUGCGGAGAAGUCGAAGUUGACGAGUAUGUUGAAUACUUGCUAGAUGGAGGGCUGGGAUGGAUGGGGAUGUAUGGUGCAUAGAUAGCAAUUGGCCUGGGUACCAAGAAUAUUAUGUAUGAACAUCGCUUGAGGGGUAGAUGAUGUGAAAGAUGUUGCCACGUUGUGGAUUGCCAUGUAACGUAAAUUUAUGUAUGAUACAUACCAGAAAGAAG